ACCAAGCUUAUUUGUCAUAUGAACCCAAUUACGAAAGACUUGUUGGUGUAUUUCUUUCAGAAUUACUUCCCUUUAAUAUAUGAUGAAGUAUUUCAUUACAUUGUAUUUUCUUAGUUUCCAACCAAUUCAAAACUAAAAUGUUCUUUAAGUGCUACUUUUAUUUAUAGAUGUUGUAAGCAACCAAUAUCUGUAGAUUGUUGUGUAUUAUCCUUAUCCAAACAUUGUGUGCUAUAAUAUAUUGUAUCAUAUAGCUCAAUAUUGUAUAUAAAUCAUUGACAGAUAUCAGAGUAUCAGGUUAUAUUGCAGUUGAAAUAACUACGGUCACCUUCCAGUAGGGGACUUGGUAUUGACUGGCAAUACUUUAUUCACAUGUUGUUUUCAGCUGUAUAGUGGCAAAAAAGACCAGUGCACUCGACAAUACUAGCCUUUUCUCAAUAAGUUUGCACAACGCAUACCUGCAGCGUGUCAUUUUAAAUGUUGAAAAGAUAUAUUCCUAAUGAUGUUUCUUGCACAUUAUUCCGACCAGUUAUUAGACUAGUAUCAUAAUUUUCCGAACAUCCAUUGUAUGAAGCACUGACAACAGAUCUGCGUUGAUAAUAUUAUGUCUUUUUCUAAGACAUUUGCUAUUUUUAACAAGAGAUCCUUAUAUUUUACUUUAAAUUUUAAGUAUAACCGUCCAGUUUGCAGGCAGAGAUUUUCAAAUUGGUUUAGGUUAACAGGUUAUGGGGUAACUAUUAAGUAAAUUCGUUAAAUACAUCAGUUGGUUGGCAUAUUUAAGGAUUGCUAAAAUUUACUCACAGUAGUUUUACUUGUUAUAAAUAUGGUAAAGAUCAAUUUUAAAUCUUUCUUGUGAAAUUGCUUUCUCUUCACUGUGUUCCUGCAAACUUAAAUCCAUCAGACAGACAGACAGACAGACAGACAAGCAUUGCUUUUUACUUAACAGGCGCCCGCUUCGUUAUAUCUCUGUUUAGCAUAGAUUCAUUAUAUUUUUCUCGAAUACGCUUGAUUUGUUUAAAAUUUUGUUUCACCUUGUUUGUCCGCUAAAUGUACACUAUUUAAGGAACAGACAUGAAGUUUGGCUUAUUCAUUAUAAUUCAAAUUUCAAGGCCAAUUAUGGUUGUGUAAAAAUAAAACUUCAUUACAAUUUUUCCUUAGCCUUUGCCUUAAUUCAGUAAAUUAUUAAAACAAGAAUUAGAUAGAUAGAUCCAGUCACAUUAAUGCUUCUUUUUAUUAAAUGGUCACAGAGCUCCAGAACUUGUGUUGUUAUAUUAGUCUGUACAGCCGUGGGGGAACUUGUCAUUCUUGUAACAUUGGUUUCACACUGGAGAAUUGCAAGGAAUGAACCUCUGGCUCCAAAACAACAACAACUAUGUUUUCCAGGUGACAAAUUUGGUUCCAAGGAAGAAACAGAGAGGUGUCCGGAUGGUCUGAAAGAGGCACACAAGGAAAAGGAGAACGUCACGGUGUGCUGUGGAGAUUUCAGCAUUGUGCUAGAUAAACUGGUCUCAAAGGUCGCUCCCAUUAGAUAUAAAAGCGAUACAAAUCCAGGAUGCAGGAGUGCCUGGCAUGGACAAGUUGAUAUGCUUCUUGAAAAUAAUGAUAUAGGCAUACAGGUAUUUCCAGAAGAAGACGAGGAUUUAAGUUCAGCUGAGAGGACUUCUGCUGAAGAGAAAGUUAAAUGUUUCGAUAGCAUAGACGCCAGAGACCAGGCAUUAGCACAGACAAUAACAUUUUCUUUUCUGCAAAAACAGAGGUGUCCAGCAAGGCAACAUUUCUUAACCCCAUUCAUUGCAGCAUCAAAUAAACGCUUUAAAAUAUUUUUCUAUGAUGCUGAAAAUGACAUUUUACUGGAGUCAAGAGAUUUUUCAUUUACUUGCAAGAUACCUAAAGAUGUUAUAGACUUUGAAGCAGUGAUCGCAGUGUGGUUUGCGUUACACUACAAAUUCCUUUGUUCUGGUCCAACAGAGAUGAUUCUCAAAGCACCAUUAGCAAAAUUUUUUGAAUUUGCAAAAGAACGCAUUGCAGUUUACGAGUCGAAAUUAAGGUUUAGAAAUGUUUAUGGUGAGAAGAACAAAAAAGAUGUUACAGAUUACGAUAAGCUAGAAACAUGUACACGGCUGCAGUUUAUUUGGCUGGAUACAAUCAGUGCUCCAAUUGACAUAUAACGACUUUUAUUUCGUAUACUACUGAGGCUGAAAUGCGUUUGUCUCAAAGUUUAAU